AUGGGUGAUCCCCCGUGUAAGAGUGAGGUGGAGGAGGACAUUCCAGUCCAUGUGACCACAGAAAAUCUCAAUAGGAACUCUGAAGAAAACUUCAUGUUAUCACAGAAUGAUAAAGUAGAAGAUGAAGAUCUCAUGCAGCGCUUAUCACGAGAGAACCUCAUUACCAGAAAUGUGCAUCCUGGACUUCAUAACACAGAUCUGUCAUAUUUUCCAGUUAAGUGUGAGGAACCUUCUCCUGACCAAUCACAGAUUGGUGCCACAAGUACAGAUCAGAAAGAGGAAACAAGUUUUCAGUGCUGGGAAUGUGGAAAACAGUUUCCAUACCGCUCAGGUCUUCUUAUGCACAGAAGAAUUCACAUAGGAGCGAAGCCAUACUCCUGUUCAGAAUGUGGGAAACGUUUCGCAGACAAACCAACCCUUGUUGCCCAUGAGAAAAUUCACUCAAGUGAGAAGCCAUAUUCAUGUUCAGAAUGUGGGAAAUGUUUUGCCAAUCUAUCAACUCUUGUUAGACAUGAGAUAACUCACACAGAAGAGAAGCCAUAUUCAUGUUUAGAAUGUGGGAAAUGUUACACAGAUAAAUCACAACUUGUUAACCAUGAGAGAGUUCACACAGGAGAGGGGCCGUAUUCAUGUUUAUUAUGUGGACAACGUUUUAGAUAUAAAUCACAGCUUGAUUAUCAUGAAAGAAGUCACACAGGAGAAAAGCCAUACCCAUGUUCUGAAUGUGAGAAGUGUUUUCCUAAUAAAGCACGACUUGCUAGACAUAAGAGAGUUCACACAGGAGAGAGGCCGUAUUCAUGUUCAGAAUGUGGGAAAUGUUUUAUGGAGAAAUCGCAUCUUCUUCAACAUAAUAGAACUCAUACAGGAGAGAAGCCGUAUUCAUGUUCAGAAUGUGGGAAAUGCUUUACAAUGAAAUCAGCUCUUUCUGCACAUGAGAAAAUUCACACAGGAGAAAAGCCAUACCCAUGUCCUGAAUGUGGAAAAUGUUUUCGUGUUAAAUCAAGACUUGCUAGCCAUAAGAGAGUUCAUACAGGAGAAAAGCCGUAUUCAUGUUCAGAAUGUGGGAAAUGUUUUCCACAAAAAGUACCUCUUGUUAUACACCAGAGAAUUCAUACAGGUGAGAAGCCAUAUUCAUGUUUAGAAUGUGGGAAAUCUUAUGCAAAUAAAUCAAAUCUUGUUACCCAUGAGAAAACUCACACAGGAGAGAAGCCAUAUUCAUGUUUAGAAUGUGGGAAAAGUUACACAUAUAAAUCAGAUCUUAUUGUACAUGAGCGAAUUCACCCAGAAGAGAAGCCAUAUUCAUGUUUAGAAUGUGGGAAAAGUUACACAUAUAAAUCACUACUUCUUAACCAUGAGAGAGUUCACACAGGAGAGAGGCCGUAUUCAUGUACAUUAUGUGGGAAAUGUUUUAGAUAUAGAUCAAAUCUUAGUUAUCACGAGAGAACAGGUCACACAGAAGAAAAUAUGUCCGCUCUCGUGGAAGCUCCUGACAUGUACAGCAGACCUGUGGAUCCUUCUGCCGCCCAGAGCUCGGAUGAAAAUCUGAUGGAUAUUAAGGCUGAGGAUCCCCCGUGUAAGAGUGAGGUGGAGGAGGACAUUCCAGUCCAUGUGACCACAGAAAAUCUCAGUAGGAACUCUGAAGAAAACUUCAUGUUAUCACAGAAUGAUAAAGUAGAAGAUGAAGAUCUCAUGCAGUGCUCGUCCCUAAAAAACCUCAUUACCAGAAAUGUGCAUCCUGGACUUCAUAAUACAGAUCUGUCACAUUAUCCGGCUAAGUGUGAGGAACCUUCUCCUGACCAAUCACAGAUUGGUGCCACAAGUACAGAUCAGAAAGAGGAAACAAGUUUUCAGUGCUGGGAAUGUGGAAAACAGUUUCCAUACCGCUCAGGUCUUCUUAUGCACAGAAGAAUUCACAUAGAUUCGAAGCCAUACUUCUGUUCAGAAUGUGGGAAACGUUUCGCAGACAAACCAACACUUGUUGCCCAUGAAAAAAUUCACUCAAGUGAGAAGCCAUAUUCAUGUUCAGAAUGUGGGAAAUGUUUUGCCACUCUAUCAACUCUUGUUAGACAUGAGAUAACUCACACAGAAGAGAAACCAUAUUUAUGUUUAGAAUGUGGGAAAAGUUACACAGAUAAAUCACAACUUGUUAACCAUGAGAGAGUUCACAUAGGAGAGAAGCCGUAUUCAUGUUCAUUAUGUGGGAAACGUUUUAGAUAUAAAUCACACCUUGAUUAUCAUGAGACAAGUCACAAAGCAGAAAAGCCUAAAAAUGCACGACUUGCUAAACAUCAGAGAGUUCACGCAGGAAAGAGGCCGUAUCCAUGUUCUGAAUGUGAGAAAUGGUUUCCUAAUAAUGCAGAACUUUCUCAACAUCUGAGAAUUCACACAGGAGAGAGGCCGUAUUCAUGUUCAGAAUGUGGGAAAUGCUUUACAGUGAAAUCAGGUCUUUCUACACAUCAGAGAAUUCACACAGGAGAUAAGCCACACUCAUGUGCUGAAUGUGGAAAAUGUUUUGAUUUUAAAUCAAACCUUGCUAAACAUAAGAGAGUUCAUACAGGAGAAAAGCCGUAUUCAUGUUCAGAAUGUGGGAAAUGUUUCCAACAAAAAGCACCUCUUGUUCUACAUCAGAGAAUUCAUACAGGUGAGAAGCCAUAUUCAUGUUUAGAAUGUGAUAAAAGUUAUGUAAGUAAAUCAGCUCUUGUUGUCCAUGAGACAACUCACACAGGAAAGAAGCCAUAUUCAUGUUUAGUAUGCGGGAAAAGUUACACAUAUAAAUCAGCUCUUAUUGUACAUGAGAGAAAUCACACAGGAGAGAGGCCGUAUUCAUGUUCAGAAUGUGGGAAAUGUUUUACAAAUAAAUCAAGUCUCGUUACCCAUAAGAGAUUUCACACAGGAGAGAAGCCAUAUUCAUGUUUAGAAUGUGAGAAAUGUUAUGUAACUAAAUCAGCUCUUGUUGUCCAUGAGACAACUCACACAGGAAAGAAGCCAUAUUCAUGUUUAGUAUGUGGGAAAAGUUACACACAUAAAUCAAGUCUUAUUGUACAUGAGAGAAUUCACACAGGAGAAAAGCCGUAAUCAUGUUCAGAAUGUGGGAAAUGUUUCUUAAAAAGGGGCAAAUUGGGUUAUACAUUAGAAAAAUCACAAAGGAGAGGGUAAUUUGUCCAGAAUGUGGGAAAUAUUAUUCAAGUAAAUUAAAUCUUGCUGGACACACAGGAGAGAGACCGUAUUCAUCUUCAGAAUUGAACAUUUCUACAGCUAGUCGUAUGCAUCAUCAGAAAAGUUACUGUAGAGAGGCCAUUUUGAUUUUCUUCAUAUCAAAAAUGUUUUACCCAGAAAUCAACGUUAGAAAAAUUCACACCGAGAACAUAUUGUAUUUUUAUAUGGAAUGUGGGAAAUGUAAUAAAAGCAAGAAAUAUGUUGAACCCA